GUUCGUUGGAUGAGGUUAUGUUAUUGUCUGUUACCUAUUUUGUGUUGUAAAUGUGAACUUAUUUUAAUCUUUAAAUCGUACUUUGCAAAUUCACUGCAUUAAAAACAAUACACUUAACUUAUUUCAUUUGGAUAAAAGGGUAAAUAUAUCGUCAAUUUGAACUUGGGCCUAGUUUUAAAUUAAUAUGGCUAGUGAUACCUCAGAAGAACCACCCAAACCACUCUUCAGGAAUUUAAACGCUGAUGAUCCUGAUCCUGAAGCCUCCGUAAUUGAAAGCCUUUGUUUGAAUUGUGGAGAAAAUGGCACAACCAAACUACUUUUAACAAAAAUUCCAUUUUAUAAAGAGGUUGUUCUCAUGUCAUUUGAAUGUCCACAUUGUGGGUUUAAAAACAAUGAAAUGCAAUCUGCAGGUGAAAUUGCCGAAAAGGGGUUAAGAAUAACCCUAAAGGUUGAAUCGGAAAGAGAUUUGAAUCGCCAAGUCGUCAAAUCAGAUUAUACAUCUGUGCAGAUACCAGAAGUAGAUUUUGAGAUUCCAUCUCAGUCUCAGAAAGGUGAAGUCACAACAGUGGAAGGUGUAAUAGAUCGUGCUAUUAAUGGACUUACUCAAGAUCAAGAUACAAGAUCUUUGGAAGACCCUGAUGUAGCGAAACAAAUUGAUGAAUUUGUUAAAAAGCUUCAGAAGUUAAAACAAGUCGGUGACACCCAUUAUACCAUGAUUUUUGAAGACAUUAGUGGAAACACAUUUGUUUCUAAUCCUCAUAUGCCUCAUAAGGAUCCUAACUGUGACGUAGUGAGUUUUGUACGAACCACUGAGCAAAACCACACUCUUGGAAUUCUCCCAGCUCAAGGAGAAAGCAUCAAAUUUCCUGGCCCUACUGAUUUCGUAUAUGAAGAUCUUCAAAGUGAAGUUUUACAGUUUUUGACUAACUGUCCACAUUGUGCUACAGCGUGUGACACAAACAUGAAACUCACCAACAUUCCACAUUUUAAAGAAGUGGUCAUUAUGGCAACGAACUGUGAAGCAUGCGGCCAUCGAACCAACGAAGUAAAAAGUGGUGGGGGAAUUGAACCUCUUGGACAGAGGAUUGCAGUCAAAGUACAUUGUAAAGAAGACUUAUCCCGAGAUGUUUUGAAAUCAGAAACCUGCAGUCUUGAGAUUCCUGAACUUGAUCUAGAAGUUGGACCAGCAGCUUUAGGAGGAAGAUUCACAACUGUAGAAGGGUUGGUUGGUGCGAUGAAAGAUCAACUGAUUGAUAAUGGAGCGAUGUUCAGCGACUCUGCAGAAGAAGAAGGUAAAACUGCUUUACAACAAUUUGUUGCUGACAUGGAAAAGAUAUUAGUUGCUGACAAACCAUUCACUAUUAUACUUGAUGAUCCUGCUGGAAAUAGUUAUGUUCAAAGCUUGACGUAUCCAGACCUAGAUCCAAACCUAGAAGUGACUAAGUAUGAAAGAACACAUGAUCAAAAUGAUAUCCUUGGGUUAAACGAUAUAAAAACUGAAGACUAUGAGUCAUCUUGAUGAAGAAUGUUUAUAUUUAGGCUCAAAACAAAAUCAUUGUAGAUAUCUGGGGUAAAUAUAUUUGGUUUUUGUAAAGGUA